AAUGGCAGAACAUUUAUCUAUAUAUGACAAAGCUUUAUAAGCAACCUAAUAUGUAUAAUCUAAAAUAUAAUAGCCUCCUGAAAUAGGAUUAAUAUUAGGAAGUGGAUUAGGAGAAUUCGCAGACGAAAUCGAAGACAAAGUAUACAUUCCAUUCGGUGAUAUUCCACACUUUAAAAAAUCUACAGUAGCAGGACAUGCUGGAAAAUUAGUAGUAGGUAAAGUAGGAAACAAAACUGUAUGCUGUAUGUAAGGACGUUAUCAUUAUUAUGAAGGGCAUACUAUGUAAGAGGUAGUUUUCCCCAUAAGAGUUUUAAAAUUACUUGGAAUAAAAAAACUUGUAGUAACAAAUGCAGCAGGAGGUAUAUCAAAAAUGAUUAAUUGUGGAGAUUUAAUGAUUAUAAGAGAUCAUAUAAAUUUAAUGGGAUCUAACCCACUUUUUGGUUAGAAUGAUGAAAGAUUUGGACCCAGAUUCCCUGAUAUGUCGGAAGUUUUUAAUAAAGAAUUGUCUGACGUAGUUGCUAAACAUAUGAAAAAUUUAGGUAUUGGAGUUAAAAAAGGAGUGUAUGUUGCAUUUACUGGACCUUCUUAUGAAACGCCUGCAGAAAUUAGUAUGGCUAAAACUGCGGGUGGUGAUGCUGCAGGAAUGUCAACAGUUCCUGAAUGUAUAACUGCUAAUCAUAUGGGAAUUAAAGUUGUUGGUAUUUCUUGUGUAACUAAUAUGGCUGCUGGAGUCACUGAAUUUAAACUUAAUCAUUAGGAUGUUAUUGAUACUGCAAAUUAUGUAAAAUCUUGCUUCAAAUAAUUAUUGAAAAACUGUAUUCCUGAUCUUUGAUUAUUUUUUUUAAUGAUAAACUAUUUAAAUUUAUUUUUUAUAAAACUUGAAUAAAUAUAAUUCUUUUUUUCUUAAAAAAAAAAUAUAUAAAAAUUAAUUCAUAUUAAUAAAUUUUUAUAAAAAGUUUUAUUUUGAUAUUAAUUUAAAUUAUUU